AUGGAUGACUUUGAUAAACGUCAAGCUAGUAUGAAGAGUGUUUUGACAUGUGGAAUUUGCAAAAAGUUAUGCAAAGAUGUCACAAUUAUUGAAGAAUGCUGUCACAGAUUCUGCAAGAAUUGCAUAAUGAGGAAGGUAAAAGAAGAGAAAUUGAAAGUUUGUCCAGAAUGUAAUACAGAUUUAGGUGUUGCCCCUGGCAGAAAAUCCAGGCCUGAUCACCAAAUGCAAGGGAUCAGAGACAUGGUGUCAAGUAAAAGAAGAGAAUUUAUUAAGCGGGGACUAAUCGAAAAAUCAAAAAAAGCCGAACCCAAAAAGUUAGCUCGUGAGGAUAUUGAUCUUAAUAAAAUUCCUGACAUGCUCAUUGAUACUCCACCAUCACCACCUCAUCCUCUUCCUCCUCCUCCUUCUCCUCCUCCUCCUAUUGUCGCUACAAGUUCAAGAAGAAAAGAGAAAUCAAUCUCUUCCAUCGAGUAUGUGCCUUCGCCAAAAGUUAAGGAACACAAAGUUUGCAAGAAAAAUGUUAAAAGAUUGGAUGUUAUUCAAGCUACAGAAGCGCCAUCAAGAAGUAAUAAUAAUAUUGAUAAAGGAAAAGGAAAAAAGGGACAAUGUGGAAGAAAGAAAAAAGAAACAAAUAUUCCUCCUCCUCCUGUUAGCGGUAGUGGAGAUGGUGGUAGUGCUGGAACAAAUACUAAUGCAGAACAAGUUCAAGUUACUACUGAGACAACAGGAGGUACAAGUAGUGAUAUUACAAUGGUAGUCAAUGAAAGAGUCCAUCCUAUUUGGUUCAGUUUGGUUGCAUGUGAAAAGCAGGAAGGUCAUUCACCCUUACCACAGAUUUCUACCCGAUACAUAAAGAUCAAGGAUGUGAACAAGCCGUCUUCCUACAUAAAGAAGUACCUUGCACAUAAAUUGAGUCUCCAGAGCGAAGACGAGGUGGAGCUUCGCAUGUUAGGAAUGUUGAUUCAUCCUGAUUUGCCUAUCAAAGAUCUAGAAAAAUUGUGGUUACGUGUAGUACCUCACUCUGGAAAAAGCUCAGUAAAAGUUGGAUCUUCUGCCGAAGAACUUGUCAUGGUCUUGAAAUAUUCUCGAUCACACCCAAAAUUGAAUUAG